GCCCCCGACUCGGCGCUCGGCUCGGCUCGGGCAUUUCCGCCUCUUUGUUUUAAACUCCGGACGGCUUUUUUCUCCUCCUCUUGGGGGGGACCCGGAGGGAGCGGCGCCCCCUCCCCCUCCCGGCAAGCCCCCGCGUGCGCCCGCUCGCCCGCCGCCCGAGACGCAGGCUUCACCAUGUAGCUGGGACUCCAGGCUCAUUCACAGAAAAUGGAAAAGGAGCAAAGGACAGAAGGAAGGUGCAGAAGCCAGCCAGAACUCAGAGUAAGGAGGGAUCAUCACAUCCGCUUGGUGGCCUGAAGCCUCCAUGCCACGGGGUGAGGAAGGACACGCCGACGUCCAGAGGAGAAGCCAAAGAUGUUGACCAGGAAGAUUAAGCUCUGGGACAUAAACGCCCACAUCACCUGCCGCCUGUGCAGCGGCUACCUCAUCGACGCGACCACAGUGACUGAGUGCUUGCACACAUUCUGCAGGAGCUGCCUGGUGAAGUACCUGGAGGAGAACAAUACCUGUCCCACCUGCAGAAUUGUGAUUCAUCAGAGCCACCCGCUGCAGUACAUCGGUCAUGACAGAACCAUGCAAGACAUUGUUUAUAAGCUGGUGCCAGGCCUCCAGGAAGCGGAAAUGAGGAAACAGAGGGAAUUUUAUCACAAGCUGGGCAUGGAAGUACCGGGUGACAUCAAGGGGGAGGCGUGCUCCGCCAAACAGCACUUAGAUCCCCGAAAUGGUGAAACCAAAGCAGAUGACAGUUCAAAUAAAGAGACGGCAGAAGAGAAGCAGGAAGAGGACAAUGAUUACCACAGGAGUGAUGAGCAGGUGAGCAUCUGCCUGGAGUGCAACAGCAGUAAGCUACGGGGCCUAAAGCGGAAGUGGAUCCGCUGUUCAGCCCAGGCCACUGUGCUGCACCUGAAGAAGUUCAUCGCCAAGAAGCUCAACCUCUCCUCUUUCAAUGAGCUGGACAUUUUAUGCAACGAGGAGAUCCUGGGCAAGGACCACACUCUCAAAUUUGUGGUUGUCACGAGGUGGAGAUUCAAGAAGGCGCCCCUCCUGCUACACUACAGACCCAAGAUGGACUUGCUGUGAGCCCAGCCACACUCAGCCCGCACCCGGCGCUCCACACAGCAGCCCUGCGUGGAAUGUUGCCUCUGGGUGUCAUGUGGACCAGAUUUCUGAAUAGAGAAUAUUUAUAACUUUUGUAUGAGAGAAUCCACACCCAACAAGACACUACCAGCACGCGUUUACAGAAGAUGAAAACACUUCGCAGUUCUGUGGAGCCAAACAUGCUCAUCUCUGCUUCAGGUCCACAGGCCAGAGAACAAGUGAAAUAGUACGACACGCUUCCACAGCGCCUCCACCACAGAGCACCUUUGCUUGCUUUCCAGGUCUCAAAAAUCCAGUUCAUGUCUGUUUAAUUCAUGGGUUAGGCUUCAUGAUAAGCCUCAAAAAUCCUUGUAUGAGUUUUAAUUUUAAUGAGUUCCUAAGUUAUUGAAAAAGUCCUUUCAUGGUCAAUAUUUAUGUUGCCUUUAGCUUCCUGAAGACUUAGAAGAUGCACACAUAAAGAGGCUUGCAGUAAUGCUGUGAUUUAGCCAUGGCAUUUAAUUUCUGCCUUGUGUCCUGGGGCUGGCCUAUGUCCUUCAUUACCCUCAAUGUCACACGGCCACGAUUCUGAUCCACUCGGCAGAGCACAGCAGAUGUGGCACAGCAGUGCGACUGACCAUCGCUUGCUGAAAAGUUCUUGUUCUAAAUUGCCUCUGUUGGAAAGGCUGUCCCUGUGUUUCCUGCCUCUUCCUUCCCACCUCCUUUUGAUGAAAGGCUGUUGCGCUAGCUGUGUUCCACGCUGACCAGUCAUUGCAGGCUGUCCUAUGGGGAUACCUCGCACAGGCUCAUGGGAAGCCCUCAUGCUCCUGGUGGCUACUGUUUGCACGUUUACCUUCCUGCUGGUGAGGUUGACAUGUGUGCUUUGGAGCUCUUUUUUUGCCAAAGGUGGCCAAGCCACCCAGUGGCAUGGGUGCUCUGCCCAGCAGAAGGCACUUUCUUGGUCGCAGCAGAAUACUCUUUGUUAGCCCCUCUGUCCCCAGAUAAGAUGGUGGUGGGUUACUAGAGAAUAAGUCUCCAGCACACCCACAUUUGUUCCUAAGGUAGAGGUUGCUGUGUGGGCAAGAAUGAAGGGCAGGGAUGCUGUCCUCCCAGGGACCUCUCUCAAGUCUGGGUGUCAUCUUAUCUCUCCCCUCCUCUCCCUCCUAGGUCCAGCACCCUGCAAUCCCAGCCAGUCCUGUGCCCUUAGUGGGCAGACAGAGGUCUCAGUGUGUUCCCAAGGGCUGGGCUUUCUGAGUCUUCACCUUAGCAACUGGAAUUUUGGGGGGGGAGUUUUGCUUCGGCAGUUGGAGAUGGGCUGGUUGGCCUCUCUUUGGCUUGUUUUCUUCUGCUUCCUCUUUCAUGUGUACAAGAUGUCAGAAGUAUCAGCUAGUGAGACCCGAUCUUAGUGAUGAGGAAACAUCCAAAUUAACUCAUCCAAGCAGUCUUUAACGUAUGACCUUUUAAAACACAAAAACAAGCGCUUUGUUAGGAAUUGACCAAAAUUCCCUUUAUUUCAGCCCAAGAUUUUGGGACUAUUCAGUUUCCUGAGUUUGCUGUUUAUCCAAAUCACUUCUAGAGUUCUAUACAAGGGUUUGUACGUAAAUAUUACCUGUCUACCUCAGAACACACGUGCUGCUGAAGCAUUCUGCAAGACCGUGUUCUCACAAUGCAUUACAUUAGAAUUUAGGUAUUUUCCUGUGUGGUGAAAUUAAAGAAGGGUUCAGCAGUUAGGAGCCUCCAAAUUCAAAUAAAGUUAAUUCACAAUUCAGAUCAAACUUAGUAUCGCUGAAUAAUCUCACGAUAUAUAUUUGUAACUUUAUAGCUACUUUUGGAAUCACUUGACUUUGCUAUGGUGCUAAGUUGAUAGAUCUAAGUGUUCAGCAAGGCGGACGUCACAGCUGGCCCCGACGUCCCAGCCGCCCUGCUUCUGUCACCACGUUAACCUGAUAAACCUCAGCAGCAAAAGUACCUAUUUUUCUAAGAUUCCAUCGUGCACCUGUCUGCACUGCAGACAGUCUCCCAAUGCCCUUCCGCCCUUUGGUCUGACCUGUAGCCUUACCUCGCUCAGAGACAGGGCAGAGUGAACCUGCGUCAGAUGGAUGUGUCCAUGCGUCGCAUUUCACUUCUGCCAAGCUUCAUGUGACAUCAAAGGCCGAAGUUUAUUUUUCCAGCAUGAACACAGGAUCAGUUAGUGGCCGGUCCUGUCGCGCUUUCUUAGCAGCAGGCAGAGCUCCUGCGAAGUUGUUUUCACAGCUGCCGAAGCUAGAAACCAGGUGCAUCCGGCUGGCAGCGGCGGGACCAGUCUCCCAGUUCUGGGUCUCGCUAGACACCAUUUUCACAAAAAUAGAAAACUCAGAUAGAAUAUAUAAUAUUGAAUUUAAGAUUUGGGGGGUUAAAAAAGAAAACUUAACUUUAUAAAAUUAUUUAUUCUAUUUUAAGCCUUCUAUCAUAUUUUCCCAUGCAAUUGUUUGGUUUCCGUGGUCCAGCUUUAGUUACAGGCAUAUAAGAUGCGAUUGUGAGGUGUUUUGCAAGCUUCUUUUACUUUGCGUAGCUUCAGUUUGUAUGUUUUUAUAGGGAUGAAGAGCAUUUUUAUGCUUUGUGCAAUAGGUUCCAACAUGCGUUUAUUAGCCGUGGUUCAAUUGUGAUCUAGCAUCGAUGCUACUAAAUUGAAAGGGAAUAUAGUUGGAAUUUCAAAAUGUGUGCAUUCAGCUAUUUGGUUUUGCCUUUUUCAUUGUUACUAUGAUAAGAAUGCUGUUAUUGGAAUUGUGUGCGUGUGUGUAUGCGUGUGUGUGUGUGCGUGAGGAUACCUGCCAGCAAUAUUCAAAAAUACACAGACAGGCAGGGAGUGACUAGGGUCAUGCCAUGCUCCGAGUCCUGGAGCUGUGUGCCAUGGCUGAGCCACCCUGGGGUUUGGGAUCUCAUGGUCUCUGCCCACAAACCUGGCAGUGCUGCCCUGAACAGGCCGCUGGCCCCUGACACCUGCCCUGACAUCAUAGUCUUUGGAGCCUGAAUUGUUUUGUUUCUGAGGGCACACAGGAUGGCAUUUCACAGUGCUCUGAAAUGUAUCAUUGGCAUGAAUGUUUUAGGAAUGAGCCAACUGAUUUCUACCUUGUAUGUGGAUAUUAAAUGUGCUGUUAAAACACAUUUAGUGCAGAUAGCUAAAUCACACACACAUAAACACACAUGUCUCUGCUUCCUCAGGAAAUCAUUUAAGCCCCAACAUGUCACAUGUGACCUUAACAUGAAAACAAAGGUUUUCUCCGCCUUGAUACUUAAAUACACUAAAUGAAUAAACUGGGAUAUGUAGAUUAGGAAUAUCACUUAAAUUAUAUCUGCAUAUCUUGCACUCCUCCAGGCAGGGACUGUCCCUCAGGCUCCUACGGGGAAUACGCUGUGCGGGGCUGUGGCAGUGGCUGUCUCGCAUGGCAUUCCUGUCAGGUGUCAUUCACUCCCAUUCAAGAGCACAUUUGGAGUGAACUAAAGUGUAUCCAUGAGAUGUGUGUGUGUGCUGCCUACCAGACACACUUCCUGAAUGAAAGCAACUUCACAUCAGGUCAGGGAUGGCAGAUCCACCUGAGCCCUCACCUCGGAGUGCGGCCCACAGCUAACAGCUGCUUGGUGUAUGGAAAUGAUGAUGCAGAUACAGAUUUUUGACUGUUUUAUUUGAAAGUUUACAUUUUUUAUGAUUGUGUUAGUGUGUAAUUUUUGUACCAUCGGUGGCUAGUUUUUGUCUAAAAUCUUUUUUGGAAUAUUGCUUAAUGUUUUGAUUUUAUGAUAGUGAAGCUUGUAUUCAGUGUUUUGCCAAUUGAUAUUAUAUGCUUGUAAUAAAAGCAGAAGAAAACUAA